CCAUCGAACAGGCGAUUAUAAUUAUAAAUCUGGACCAGACAAUAUGGGAAAUCAAGAAGAUGAUCGGUGAGAGAGAGACGGAAAUUUUCUCUUAAGGGCAUCGCUGCUCUCGAUUUGACUGCGCCACGUUGUGUUGAGCAUCCGUAGACUCAAAUGGAAGAUCAGAAGCACGUGCCAGAUGCUUUGCUUAGUAAGCCCAGGAAAAAGAAGGCUUCAUUACAGCACCCUGAAAUGAUUCAAUCGCCUGGGGAGAGCUUGAGCAUGAAGAGAUCCAAUGAGAUACAGACUUUCUCCCGCCAAAAGGGGCCUAAACCCCCCAAAAGGGGUGUCGCCAGAGAAGUCUCACCAUCGCUGCAACCAGAGAGAUUGGUCCCAGAGUCGGUACCAGACUCCUCGACCUCAGGUAACGAGUACAGAGCUCUUAGGCGCAAGUAUUUGCUCUUGGAGGAGGAAAGUUUUGGAUUAGGAAGGGAGUUGAAGGAAGUUGAGGAUGAUGUGAAGACCCUCGAAGAGGAGAAGCUAUCUCUGUUGGAUGAGCUUGUUGUCUUGGAAGGCCUCAUUAAUCCUUCAGAGAUUCAACCUCAAGCACAAAGGUUGCAAUAACUUUGUAAUAAAGUUUAAGUCUUAUUAAAUGUUUAGCACUUUAGCUUUUAUCUGUCUGAAAAUGGACAUAUUCUACAACUGGGAUCUGCUUGUUUGAAAGAGGUUCAAAUCUAUGCUUCCUUGUAAUUUCAUGAAAGUUCGACAGAAGUUUCUCAGUUGAACCCGAUCCCUGUCGCAUGUAUAUCGGCUUGACAUUAGUAUAUAUAAACUAGUAUUCCGUCAACGUAAA